UAUGACUAGCCUAAUUAAACCCCACUACAUGCUUCCAAAUUAUAACUUUAGUAAUCUAUAAAUAAUCAUCUUAUAUAAGUAGAAAUAUUAUGCAUAAAGUAUCACAUUUCAAAGUAAGAGAAGAUGCUUCUAACUAGUAGCAGUGAAGUAGAAUAUCCAAAGUCGAAAAUUGCGAAUGAGCGGCGAUAUUAUCAGCGGACAAUACGAACCAAAAGUGCAAAAUCCACUUUAAUUUUAUAAAUUCACAAAAAGUUUGAUAUCCAUUCAUUGAAAACAAAUAUAAAUUCGACAGGGAAUUAGAGCUGUAAACAUCUACUGUUCGUUUUACAAACAAGCCUAGGGAAUUAAGGUUGAUCAUUUUUACAUGAUGUUUAGCUGAGUUAUAU